UCCAUCGCUUUAGUAAGAAAAUCUCUAUGCCAAACAUGGAAAAUAAUGAGCAUGAGCCACUCCUUUCCACUGGUAGAGAAUAUGACCAUAAUCGGCUAACUUCAUCCUUGUCUGCUGGUGAUGAGAACGACAUAGGUCCAGUUAAUGGAAUCCGGUACUUCUUUAGAGAAUUCUCUGUUGAGUCAAAGAAGCUAUGGUGGCUCGGCGCUCCGGCUAUCCUCACCUCCAUUUCUCAAUAUUCCAUGGCCGCUAUCACUCAAGUUUUCGCCGGCCAUCUUGGAACCAUUGAUCUUGCUGCCCUUUCCAUUGAAAACUCUGUCAUUGCUGCAUUCUGUUAUGGCAUCAUGUGGGGGUUGGGGAGUGCGCUAGAGACCCUUUGCGGGCUAGCAUUCGGAGCUGGUCAUGUUGAAAUGCUAGGGACAUACAUGCAAAGAUCAUGGGUUAUUCUCAACGCUGCAGCAUUAGCACUCAUGUUUCUCUAUAUAUUCGCAACCCAAUUCUUGAAACUAAUCGGCCAGACUGCCGCGAUAUCUGAGGCGGCGGGGACAUUCGCCUUGUGGAUGAUUCCGCAGCUAUUUGCAUAUGCCAUGAAUUUUCCACUAGUGAAGUUUCUACAGGCACAGAGGAAGUUCAUGGCCAUGGCGGUGAUCUCGGUGGCGGCCUUAAUUUUUCAUACUUUCUUUAGCUGGCUUUUGAUGCUGAGGCUGGGGUGGGGACUGACGGGUGCAGCGGUUGUGCUGAACGCGUCAUGGUGGUUCAUUGUGGUGGCUCAGCUGGUGUAUGUUUUGAGUGGGACAUGUGGUAGAGCAUGGAAUGGAUUCUCAUUGGAGGCCUUCAGAAAUCUAUGGGGGUUCAUUAGGUUGUCCCUCGCAUCAGCUGUUAUGCUCUGCUUGGAAACGUGGUAUUUUGCAAUCCCAGUUAUGUUGGCUGGAUAUUUAAAGAAUGAAGAGGUUUCAGUGGAUGCCUCUUCUGUAUGCAACAACAUACUGGGCUGGACAAUGAUGGCAGCUUAUGGAUUCAAUGCAGUCACAAGUGUAAGGGUGUCAAAUGAGCUAGGUGCAGCUCACCCAAAAGCUGCAAAAUUCACCGUUACCGUGGUUGGAAUAACUUCAUUCUUAAUCGGUAUCUCACUUGCAGCCAUUCUAAUCAUAACCCGAAAACAGUAUCCGGCCUUAUUUUCGACUAAUACAGAGGUCAAACAGCUUGUAUAUGAGCUUACGCCAGUGCUAGGAGCAUGCAUUGCCAUUAUCAGUGUUCAGCUUUCUCUCUGUGGGGUGGCCAUUGGAGCAGGGUGGCAAGCUUUGGUUGCAUAUGUAAACAUUGGUUGCUACUAUGUAUUUGGUCUUCCUUCGAGUCUCCUACUUGGUUUCACUCUCAACAUGGGUGUCCAGGGAAUCUGGUAUGGAAUGCUCUUGGGAAUGAUGGCACAAACAUGUGCCAUGUUAUGGAUAAUUUAUAGCACAAACUGGAAUAAAGAGGCUUCCAUUGCCGGAGACAAAAUUAUACAAUGGGGAGGGAAUAUAGAUGCUGCUGACAAUAACGGGUAUGAACAAAAUGGUGUGACGGCAUAGAGCGCCAUGGAACAAGACCAUGGCAACAUUCAACAACAAGAUUACCAUUUCUAUAUUUACUUUCUGAUUUCACUGCGGAUAAAUUAUUAUUCAAAGUAACAGAUCUCUGUAAAAUGUAAAAUACAGAUAUGCAAUUUCACAGAGUUGGAACAAUAUUUCUAUAUUUACUUUCUGUGGUGAACUAAAAUUACGGUUAUAUAAUAACACAGUACAAGGUCGUCCAUUA